ACGUCCCAUCGAUCGCAUGUCACAAAAAACGUGAAUCUUUUAGAUAAUUUAAGGAGAUUGAGCAGCGAUUUUUUUGGGGUUGACUAUAGUUGACUAUCGGAGACAGAAAAAGGAAGUUAUCCGGUCGUCUGCAACGUCAGACUAAAAUGAGGUCAAGCCGACUGUCGAUGAAUCUCUACAAUUAUAUUCUAGGAGGUGGAUCCAAAAAUCCGUACAGAAAAGUCCUUCUUCUAUCCCUGUUGUUCGCCAUCACAGUCUGUAUAUACAACGUUGUCAGGUUCAAUGCAGUUUACCAUGACCACUGUUUACAUUGGUCAGAAACAUCGGACAUUGUGAUACCAGAAGAUGAGCAGCUCCAUCAAAUGUCUUUGUAUAGGCUCUCAUGUUUAUAUCAACGUUAUGUCACUUCCCCUCAAGCUUUAUGUACGGAACCAAAGCGUUUUGGGAACGUGGAUUACGGUGGUGUUCGAAUUUGCGCGGAUGGCGGUGUGACGCCGAGUUUAGGUUGUGUUGUGUACAGUUAUAAUCAUGAUUUAAGUGAUAGGUUCGUUGAACAGAUACAUGCCAAAUACAAGUGUGGCGUUGUCUUCUAUGGGGAUGAGAUGGAACAGCGGAAAAAUACACACAUUUUAAGAUUUAAUAAAAUUAUAUACAACUACGAAAGAGAACUCAGCGUGGUGAUUCUUAAAAUCAAAUCUAGUGAUUUUCCGUUUCUGUUAGAUUUUAGCAAAAGUGUAAAAGUAGCUAAUAUAAAGCAAAUUAUUUUAGAAAUUCACUAUGAUACAAACAAGGAAAAGGUGGAAGAUUACAUUAUGUUGCUUACAGCAUUACGUGAAUUACACUCUUCUAAUUACGUCAUAUAUUGGUUCGACAGAAACUGGGAAUAUGUCGAAUACAGUAGGAGAAAACAAAGAAAAUCGAAGUGUUUUACCAUAAAUAUGUAUUUGAAAAAUCAAAACAUUACAUCAUUGUCCCAACGAGAAUCGAAUACGAUUUCGCAGGAAAUAAAUUUACCAAAUAUAGCUCCACUUGGAAUACGCUCUCUAAGUAAAGAGGAAGGUUUGAAAUAUGAAAAGAUGUAUGUCAAUUAUAUUUCAAAGCAUCAGAUUCUUUGCAAACAGAUGAUUCGUUUAGGGAAUAUCGUGGACGGAGGAUGGGACGUGUGUCAUGAUUUCCGCUUCCGCCCUAAAUCACCUUGUAUAGUGUAUUCAAUUGGAAUAAGUAACGACUUCUCUUUUGACGAAGACAUGGAGAAAACGUACGGAUGUGAUGUAUUUUCAUUUGAUCCGAGUAUGAAUGUCGGAAAUUAUAAACAUUCGGAACACAUCAUGUUUUAUCAAGUUGGACUCGGUGAUAAAGUUAGUGAGAUCGAGGUGAAAGGAUUAAAAUGGAAAAUCAAAAACUUGAAGACAAUUAUGAAGGAAUUAGGGCAUACAGACAAAAAGAUCGAUGUGCUAAAAAUAGAUAUAGAAGGAAGUGAAAGACAGAGUCUUCCCGAAAUGAUAGAAUCAGGUGCUCUAAAAAAUGUAGUGCAACUAUGUUUAGAAUUUCAUAGUUAUUAUGACGUUGGUGCCAUGAGAAAACUUUAUGAUCUCGGGUUUAGAAUAUAUUGGGCUCAUCAGAAUCCUACAGCGCCUAUGUACAAAAGUGACGAAACUUUUUCUUACGGGAUGGAAGUGUAUUUUGUAAAUAUUAACUUUAAAUAAACGAUUUAAAUUUCCAAAACUGUAGAAGAAUAAUACUCAUUUUAUUUUUUUAAAUUGUUGGUUGUUUAAAAAUCAAUCUGAUAGUCAACAUGUACAAUUAUUGGAACUUUUUCAAGUAAUUGCAUAAUAACUAUACUUAAAAUAUUUUAUUUUUUUACUUGUUGCAAUCUGAUAGUCAACUUAAAUUGUACAGUUCUUGAAAAUUUUUCAAGUAUCCAGACUGACAACAUUUGGAAAAUUGUAUCAGAUCGAACACUGAAAUACACUGACACUUUUAGUCAAUCCACAGAAA